AUGUAUGUGACUCGGCCUCUGUCUGCAUGCAGGAAGUCAUCAAGCAUUCUUGGGGAGUUACCAAAUGAAGAAGCAGAGAACACGAGUUGCUGGGGGACAUGCGAGAUCACAUCGGUCAUGAAGCUUCCGUUUCCUCAAGACAGGGCCCUAACCUUCGAGCCAAUUUAUGAAGAUUCCUCAAUCACCAAGCUCUGGAAAUCAUGCAUAUGUUCGAGGGACGUGGACAUAGAACCAACUUGUUUCAGCACAUCCAUCAAAGACACCAGACCGAGCCAUUUCGACCCCAGAGACACAUACCAAGUGUUCCAGAUUCACCGUCACAACAGCGAGAGCUUCUUUGCUGAAUCAGUGGCUCCAGAUGGUUUUCCUCCGCAGUGCCUCCGGAAGAAAUUGUGGGAAGUUUUCACCUCGCAUUCUCUCCGACCUCACUUAGAAGAGGCCUUAGGCCUUGACAUGACUCUGAGAGCCCGCCUUCCCGACUUCACUUUCCCAAUCUCAGGCAAUCGUCCAGCCCCUGCUCCUGUCGUUGUGGGAAAAUGGAAUUGCCCAUAUGUGUUUGUCAGGGAGGAAGGUGUUGAGACCAAGCACCUAAUGAAGAAGUCAAUGUUCUACAAGAUGACACUUGAGCAAAAGUGGGAGGAGCUGCACACUUGUGAGAAUAAUGUCAACAACAAGGGCAAUAAUGAGGCCAGUGUGAAUGUGGCUUUGCUAAAGGAAGAGGCUUCAGUCUUUGGCAUGAAUGCAGUGAAGGAUGAAGAUGAGACUAGGGAUGGCUUUUUGUGGUUCAGGGUCAUGACACAUGACGAGGCAUGGAGGGGGAUCAAACUGGGGGUGAGUGAGGCCAUUGCUGAGAAGAUGAAGUGUGUGAUGAAGGAAGGAGGCUGGCUUGAUGAUGGUGAUGGAUCAGGAAGAGAAGUGAGGGUAAAGAGAGUGGAAGAGUUCAAAGGUGGCAAGAAGUGGAAGAGGUUUGGUUGCUAUGUCUUGGUGGAGAGCUUUGUUUUGACAAGAUUGGAUAGGAGUGUGGUGCUCAAGUGCGAUUUUAGGCAAACUCACAGGAUUCAAUGCAAGUGGGAGUGA